AAUUACACAAGCUCGAACAAGAUUAAUUUUACAAGCAUCACCCUAUGUAUUUAUUUAAUUCUUUUCUUGCAGGUAUAUAAACGCCUUGUGUCUAGGUUUAUUAUCGAGUGCUCGGAUUCUACAAGCAGCGCCCAAAGGUAUAACCAUGUUAUCAGCCGUCUCAUUCUUGCUACUCGUGAUGCUCUGCGGCACGGUGUCUAGUCAGACAUAUAAGGGAUACCCUCCGCCAAAGCCAUAUCCAAAAGAUCCAUGUUACAAGGUGUAUUGCCCAACUAUCUACUGCCCUAAUGGACAAUACACACCGCCUGGCGAGUGCUGCCCGCGUUGCAAAAAAGGGUAUGGGUAUCAAGAUCCAGACCCAUAUUUCCCAGGCGGAAAGUGAAUUUAUAAUUCGUGACAACAAUGCAGACAAGGGAAUGACAUGAACCAAAGACAGAAGAAAUGGAUCGCAAUAUAGAACGAUUUGUUAUUGUAUUGAAAUUGUUUGCUUGUGCAGCCUAUAAUAAAGAAACUUAAUUCAUCAGCCAAGUCCGUUAUAGUUGUCAUAC